AUGGUAAAACCGAAAAAAGACAAACUCGUCAGUAAAUGCGUUCCGGCCGGCGAUAAGAGUGGCGAGAUUGAUAAAAAAGCGCAGGAAUCAGCGAUUUUCGCGGACAGUGAAGGUCGCAUCGGACUACGGAUUCAUGCGAAACCGGGCGCCAAGAAAAGUGGUGUUGUAGCAAUCAACGAGUCCGAAAUCGAUGUAGCAAUUGGUGCGGCGCCACGCGAAGGAGCUGCUAAUGAGGAGCUGGUUUCGUAUUUGAUGAGCGCGUUGGGCCUUCGGAAGAACGAAUUACAGUUCGAUAAGGGUGCAAAGUCGAGGAGUAAAGUGGUGCUGAUAGAGACGAAACGGUUGAGCAUGGAGGAGACACCUAUAGUUUCUGCUGACGCUGAACCAGAAUUGUGUGAUACGUAUGAGAUUGUGGAGCGAAAGUUUCAUUGUGGGCCACAUGGAUACCUUCUGCAUUAUGGACUUCGAAAUUGCCUAGUUUUCAAUAAUCAAAGUAUCUUGGAUCAGUUCACUCCAAAGGGUCGAGAGUUCGUCGGUUGCUCAACUGGAUGUCUCGUCAAAGCGAUUCUCAAUAUUUCUGAAUUUUCUACAAGCUGUCUUCAAAUACAAGAAGAAGCGUUCAAAUCGCACGUCGACUGCUACCUGAACUGCAACUUUUGUGAUGUUUGCAAAACAGAGAAGCUCGCUUUUCUGAAAAGUUAUGAUUGGUCAGACUUCCUGAGCUUCGCCGCCCUGCAACAAGUCUACGCAAUUGUUCGAAAAUGUGGAGUGUUUGGCUGUUUUAAAGUGUUCGAUUUUUGA